CUACAGGUGAUCCGGACGAGUCCAGAUUGCAGGAUCAUCUCUGAAAAAACACAAACCUCUGUGAGCCAUGCUGUCUCCCAUGUAUGCAGACAGCUCAGUCAUCAUGGAGAGAGCGCCGCCCUUGCGGAAGGGAGGGAGAGUGCAACCUCAGGGCCACAAACUGCGCUCUCAUCCUCCCACCAGCGGGAGCAGUGUUUGUGCCAACCCGACCUACUAUCAUACUGUGUAUGACAUGAGUGAUGCAGCAUGCCAUGACUACAGCAAAGCCAAUGGAGGGGAAACGGUAAUGAUAGAUGGAACACUUUACUCUUUGAUGCCCAGUGACUCUCUGGUUCCUCCUAUCAGAAGGAGAGGAGGCCUAGUUGACCACCGUGAUGUCAUCAAAGCACACCAAUCCCAUAAAUUGCAGAGCACUCCACAGGCCCGACGAAAACAAUGGGAAAUGGCUCGGUUCGGAGACGAAGUGCCGGGCAGGUAUGGCGGUGGGGGCUCCGGUCAGGGGGGACCCGGCCGCGGCGGCAGCAGGCAGGGCGGCCCGCCAGGGCCCCAAAGGAUGUAUAAGCAAUCGAUGGCCCAGAGAGCCCGGACCAUGGCCCUCUAUAACCCGAUCCCGGUCCGACAGAACUGCCUGACGGUCAACCGCUCUCUGUUUCUCUUCAGUGAAGACAACGUAGUGAGAAAAUACGCCAAAAAGAUCACCGAAUGGCCUCCAUUUGAGUGGAUGAUUCUGACCACCAUCAUUGCCAACUGCAUCGUACUGGCUCUUGAACAACAUUUACCAGAUGGAGACAAAACUCCACUGUCAGAACGACUGGAAGAUACAGAGCCCUAUUUCAUUGCAAUUUUCUGCUUCGAGUCGGGCAUUAAGAUUCUUGCACUGGGAUUUGCCUUCCACAAGGGCUCCUACCUGAGAAACGGCUGGAACGUGAUGGACUUUGUAGUGGUGCUCACUGGGACUCUCCCGUUGGUGCUGAGAGAGAGGGCAGUGACUACCUCAUCAAACACUGUGGUGCUGAAGUCUAUUAUGAAGGCUAUGAUUCCACUACUGCAAAUCGGCGUGCUCUUAUUUGUGGCCAUCCUUAUGUUUGCCAUCAUUGGCCUGGAGUUCUACAUGGGCAAAUUCCACCGCACCUGCUUCGACAAUAUCACAGGCGAAAUGGUUGAUGAACAGCCCUGUGGUGAGGAAUUUCCCGCUCGAGAGUGUCAGAACGGGUUGGUGUGUUCUGACUACUGGCUCGGGCCAAACUAUGGCAUCACACAGUUCGACAACGUCCUUUUUGCCGUAGGAUAUAUGAAAGUGAAAGUGAAUGCUCUGCAUUUAACCCAUCCUAUGCUUUAUUACAGCAAUGAUGCCUUAGGGAGUGCCUGGAACUGGAUGUACUAUGUUCCCCUCAUCAUCAUCGGAUCCUUCUUCAUGCUUAAUCUGGUGUUGGGUGUCCUCUCGGGUGAGUUUGCCAAAGAAAGAGAGCGUGUGGAGAACAGGAGCGAGUUCCUCAAGCUCAAACGUCAGCAGCAGAUUGAGAGAGAGCUCAAUGGAUAUCUGGAGUGGAUCUGUAAAGCAGAGGAAGUCAUACUCGCCGAGGACGACGAUGGCACCGGAACUCGUCGCAGGCCCACCAUAAAGAAAAACAAAGCUGACCUGUUAAAUCCAGAAGAAGGAGAGGACCACAUGGGAGACGCAGUUGGCUCACCUUUUGCUCGUGGGAGCAUAAAGAGCGGAAAGGGAGAUGGGACCGCAUUUAGCAAGAAAGAGCGACGUCUUCGUUUCUUGAUUCGAAAGAUUGUAAAGACUCAGGCGUUCUACUGGACUGUCCUCAGCCUGGUGGGACUCAACACACUCUGCGUGGCUGUAGUACACUACGAUCAGCCUGAACUACUGUCGGACUUCCUUUAUUAUGCUGAGUUCAUUUUCCUAGGCCUCUUUAUGUCAGAGAUGCUGAUUAAGAUGUACGGACUGGGGACGCGCCCUUAUUUCCACUCCUCAUUCAACUGUUUCGACUGUGCAGUCAUCGUUGGCAGCAUAUUUGAGGUGGUCUGGGCCAUGGUGAAGCCAGGGACAUCCUUUGGAAUCAGCGUGUUACGAGCUCUCCGACUGCUUAGGAUCUUCAAAGUCACCAAAUACUGGGCAUCUUUGCGUAAUCUAGUAGUGUCGCUUCUGAACUCCAUGAAGUCCAUUAUCAGUUUGCUUUUCCUUCUCUUCCUCUUCAUCGUGGUCUUUGCUCUUCUCGGGAUGCAGCUGUUCGGUGGACAGUUUAACUUUGAGCUAGGCACUCCUCCCACAAACUUUGAUACUUUCCCUGCUGCCAUUAUGACAGUGUUUCAGAUUCUGACCGGAGAGGAUUGGAACGUAGUGAUGUAUGACGGCAUUAAGUCUCAGGGAGGGGUGGACAAAGGAAUGGUCUUCUCCAUAUUCUUCAUUGUCCUUACACUCUUUGGCAACUACACACUACUGAAUGUAUUCUUGGCUAUCGCUGUGGACAACUUGGCCAAUGCUCAGGAACUAACUAAGGAUGAACAGGAAGUAGAGGAGGCCACAACACAAAAGAUUGCACUCCAGAAAGCGAAAGAAGUGGCGGAAGCGAGCCCACUGUCUGCUGCCAACCUAUCUAUUGCUGCUAAAGAGCAGCAGAAGAACUCAAAAGUUUCCAAGUCAGUGUGGGAGCAGCGCACAAGUGAGAUGCGCAGACAAAACCUGAUGACCAGCAGAGAGGCGCUUUACAAUGAACUUGAUGCAGAAGAUCACUGGAAGAUGAACUACCGCAACCGUCCUGACAUGAAGACCCACUUGGACCGCCCACUACUAGUUAAUCCUCAGGAGAACCGCAACAACAAUACCAACAAGCCCCGACCGGGUGAACCAAACCCCCAGGAGCUAAACCAGCAGCGGGGUGACGAAAACCUGCAGCACCAGUCCCGAUACCACCACAAUCACAGUCAUCAUCAUCAUCAUCACCAUCACCACCACUCCAGCCGCCAGUCCCUACACCACCCAGAGCUGGGGGAGGCAGGCUGCGAUUGUGCCCAGAGAGGAGGCGAGGACAUGGAGGGCGCAGGGGAGCACAGGCGACCCCGACACCACCAGCACAGAAGGAGGGAUGAAGAUCGAGGGAGAAGACACAGAGAACACCACAGCAGAGGGGAGACAGGAGGAGAAGGGGAGGAGGGCCAAGAGAAGAGGCAGAGGAGGCAUCGCCAUGGAAACCAUGGGGAUGGAGAUGGAAGGAGGGAUAGGGAACGGAGUCGACAGCAUCGAGCUAGAAAAGAGUGUAGCUUAUCAACGGUUCGUCCAAUUCAGCCUGGUCUUCCUCAUGCAGAGAGCCAGUACAGCGAGGAUCUGGACAACCUGCGCAAUAGCAGCAAGAUGGCCAUCCACAACCCUGACCCCGACUUUUAUGACCCCUACUGUGACCCAGAGCAGGCUAAUAACCUGCUGAACCUGCGUGGACCAGAUUUCCAUGACAGCAGUCUUAUACUGACAGACUGCACCAAAACCCCCAGUAAACUUGACCACACUGCCAUAGAUAUGCCUCCGAUUUACCCCUCAUUCAACGCCAAGUUACAAGUGAACAAGAAUGCCAACACAGAGCCAGCUAAAGGAGGAGAGAAGAAAGAGGAGGAGGAAGACGAUGGUGGCGAUGAAGACGGCCCCAAACCCAUUCCCCCAUUCAGUUCCUGUUUCAUCCUAUCCACAACCAACCCGUUCCGAAGAUGUUGUCAUUACAUCCUGACGCUACGUUAUUUCGAGAUGUGUAUUCUGUCAGUCAUCGCUAUGAGCAGCAUUGCUUUGGCUGCGGAAGAUCCGGUGUGGCCGGAAUCACCUCGAAACAACGUAUUGCGUUACUUUGACUACGUCUUCACUGGCGUCUUCACCUUUGAGAUGCUCAUCAAGAUGGUGGUGUUAGGCUUGGUUUUGCAUGAGGGCUCAUAUUUUCGUGACCUGUGGAACUUUCUGGACUUUGUAGUGGUUAGUGGUGCCCUGGUAGCCUUUGCCUUCACGAGCCUCUCUCGGGGGAGCAGUAAGGGGAAAGACAUCAGUGUCAUCAAGUCUCUGAGGGUUCUAAGGGUGCUACGUCCCCUGAAGACCAUCAAACGUCUUCCCAAACUAAAAGCGGUGUUUGACUGUGUAGUGAACUCUCUGAAGAACGUGUUGAACAUCCUCAUUGUCUACAUGCUGUUCAUGUUCAUCUUUGCUGUGGUGGCCGUGCAGCUCUUUAAGGGACGAUUCUUCUACUGCACCGACGAGUCCAAAGAGUUUGCCCGUGACUGCAGGGGCGAGUAUUUGGUGUACGAGCGCAAUAACGAGGUCAAAUCGCAGAAGCGGGAGUGGAAGAAGUACGAUUUCCACUACGACAACGUGCUUUGGGCCCUGCUUACUCUCUUUACUGUGUCCACCGGAGAGGGAUGGCCGCAGGUGUUGAAGCACUCUGUGGACUCUACCUAUGAGGACCAGGGCCCGAGCCCGGGGUAUAGGAUGGAAAUGUCCAUCUUUUACGUGGUGUACUUCGUUGUCUUCCCCUUCUUCUUCGUAAACAUCUUUGUAGCUCUCAUCAUCAUCACUUUCCAGGAGCAAGGAGACAAGAUGAUGGAGGACUACAGCCUUGAAAAGAAUGAGAGAGCCUGCAUUGAUUUUGCAAUAAAUGCCAAACCUCUAACGCGCCACAUGCCUCAGAACAAGCAAAGCUUUCAGUACCGAAUGUGGCAAUUUGUGGUGUCACCUCCGUUUGAGUACAGUAUCAUGGCUCUCAUUGCGCUCAACACCAUCGUCCUUAUGAUGAAGUACCAUGGGGCCCCUCCGACGUAUGAUGCAGUCCUGAAGAACCUGAAUAUAGUGUUCACCACACUGUUCUUCAUGGAGUGUGUUCUGAAAAUCAUUGCAUUUGGUGUCCGAAAUUAUUUCCGAGACGCUUGGAAUAUUUUUGAUUUUGUUUCCGUUAUCGGCAGCAUCACUGACAUUUUAGUGACAGAGCUUUGGGAUAACUUCAUAAACCUGAGUUUUCUGAGACUGUUUCGAGCAGCACGUCUCAUUAAGCUCUUGAGGCAGGGCGAGACCAUUCGCAUUCUACUUUGGACUUUCGUUCAAUCAUUUAAGGCUCUGCCGUAUGUGUGCCUGCUCAUUGCAAUUCUGUUCUUCAUCUAUGCCAUCAUUGGCAUGCAGUUGUUUGGGAACUUGGCGCUGGAUAAGGAGGAAGAUAGUGCGAUCAAUGAGCACAAUAACUUCAGAACCUUCAUUAUGGCCCUGAUGCUACUCUUCAGGAGUGCCACAGGUGAGGCAUGGCAUGAGAUCAUGCUGGCGUGUCUCGGAGGAAUGGAGUGUGAUGAUAACUCUGGGAACGAGGGGCCAGAGUGCGGCAGCAACUUUGCUUAUGCCUACUUUGUCUCUUUCAUCUUCCUCUGUUCUUUCCUGAUGCUGAAUCUCUUUGUCGCUGUCAUCAUGGAUAACUUUGAGUACCUGACCAGGGAUUCCUCCAUUCUGGGUCCACAUCAUUUGGAUGAGUAUGUCAGGAUUUGGGCAGAGUACGACCCAGCAGCCUGCGGGCGCAUUCAUUAUAAGGAUAUGUACAGUUUAUUGCGGGUUAUCGACCCCCCGCUGGGCUUAGGCAAGAAAUGUCCUCAUAGGGUGGCCUGCAAGAGACUGCUACGCAUGGACCUACCUGUUGCAGAUGACAACACAGUGCAUUUCAACUCCACUCUGAUGGCUUUGAUACGCACAGCUCUGGACAUCAAAAUCGCUAAGGGAGGCGCAGACAAACACCAGAUGGACGCGGAGCUCCGUAAGGAAAUGAUGGCGAUUUGGCCAAAUCUCUCCCAGAAGAACCUGGAUCUGCUGGUAACACCACACAAGUCAGCGACAGACCUGACAGUAGGCAAAAUCUACGCCGCCAUGAUGAUUAUGGAGUACUACCGGCAGAGCAAGGCCAAAAAGCUGCAGGUGCUUCGUGAGGAGCAGAACCGAACGCCAUUAAUGUUUCAGCGCUUGGAGCCAUCCCCGAACCAGGAAGGGGGACAGGGGGUUAACGAUCUCCCCGAGUUGCCGCAGGAACCUGUCAACAGCCUGCCUCUGGAGGGUGGAAUGAUCGAGAGCCAGUCGUGGGUGACGUCACGAGCCCAGGAAAUGUUCCAGAAGCCUGUUCCGGAAAACUGGAACCCUGACAGACCGUAUCCUGAAGACCAUAACGACAGCCGCCACAAUCCACAGACGGUAGAAAUGAGAGAGAUUGGGCCUGUUGGGGACGGUUACUCGGACACUGAGCCCUAUCACCCAAUGGAAGGGCAUGGGCGGACCAUCUCCAUGCCACGCCUCUCAGCAGACAACCAACGACGGAGACACAGGCCGCGAGGAAGUAACCUCAGUACCAUCACAGACACAAGUCCGAUGCACCGUUCUACAUCCUCAUUGGUCCACGGACAUUCAGGUCGAGGCGUGCGAUUGGACGAUUACUCUUUGGAACGGGUGGUGUCAGAAGAGGGUCACCGACAUGGUCCGCAAAGAAGACAACGAAAUCGAGACCGGGAGAGAGACCGCAGUCACCGCACCUCAGAGAGAUCCCUCGCCCGCUAUACAGACGCAGACACAGGUCUGGGCACGGAUCUUAGCACCACUACACAGUCAGGUGACCUCCCACCUAAAGAGAGAGAACGAGAACGGGGUCGUGCAAAAGACCGUCGCCACCACCAUCAUCAUCAUCAUCACCACCACAGCUCGGUGGACAAGGAGCGGUGCAGUCAUGAGCGUGACUACCACCGCCAUCCACACGACAGAUCUGAUCGCCACUGGUCUCGCUCACCGAGUGAGGGGAGAGGGCAUAGACAGCGGCACGCCUCGCCCCAUCACGGCUCACCCCAGCACGCCUCCCCGAGCUCCCCCAGGCAUGCAUCGCCCAGGUCCCCACGUCACGGCCGCUGGGGUCCGCCACCUGACAGCCUAGAGGGCGACAGACCUUUCUACGAUCGGGACUAUGAGUACGAGCGGCACCAUGAGCCGCCUGCCUACGAGCAGAGUCUAUCACAGGGCAACCCCCACCCUCAUUCACACCCGCAUCCCCGAUCGCCAAGGACUGCUCGUCAAGGGCCUCCCCUGCACCCACGCCGUAUGCCUAACGGCUACCGUUCCUCCUCGCCCUCCCCGCACCGGCGCGGCCCCCACCCAGGCCCACACCGGCCACCCCAUGGCCGUGGGCCCCGGAAGGGGUUGCACGAACAAUAUAGCGAGACGGACGAGGAUGAUUGGUGUUAGUGUGCAGGGUGACCAGCAGGGGGCGCCACUGGACUUAAACCAAGAUGUUUAUGCACCGCAGCAGGGAGAGAGGGGGGCAGAAGGGGAAACGCAAACAGGGCGAAUGGGCCAUUGUGAGACUCUGAACAUUGGAGCAGCACAUACAGCUCCCCUACUCCCUCUCUCUCUAAUGCUUUCUCCUGCUCUCUGGACUACGUUUCCCAUGCUGCUCAGCACGCAAAGGAAUGGGAGCGUAUGAGCGACAAAUGGAGUGGUUGCGUUUAGAUGGACUGAACUUUAAAGAUCAGAGUCGUUGUGUUUAAAUGCUCCACUCCAGACUGAGCAAGACCGAUUUCUUCUUGCCCGAUGGAAAAAAUGAGGAGCAACAUCCUCUGUCGAUCAGAAAAAAAAAGGAUUUUUGAAAAUGAAGCCAGAACCCAUUUUCCCCCUCACAUCUAUGCCUCUUAAAAAGACCCAAAAAAUAAAAAGGGAAGGAAAAAAUAGACAUUGUUGAAGAAAAAGUAAGUGCUCUUGUGAACGAGAGCUCUACCUACUGCAAAACCAGCCCCAUGUGCUGGCCAAUAUUGAUGAGUUUUAUCAUCUGCGUUUACUGUUACCAACUCAAGAUGCUGAGUGACCUCAUCACCUGGGGGAGGGGUUUACCGUCAAAGAUGCGUGGCAUAUGAAAGGACUCAGCGCAGGCGUGAGGAGGCGGGUGGGCGUGGCACACUGAAACCCCACCCACAAACUGCCACUCGGUCCUGACAAGGAUAAGACAGCGGAAAAAGAACAAAAUGGCAGAUGAGGGAGGGACGGAAAGACUAUUUCCUCUUCAGAAUGUCUUCAAUUGAUUACUUCUUCUUUUUGAACAUUUGGAGCUUGGUUAUUCUGUUGCAUUUGCUCAGCUUUCUUUGAUAUUUUUGGACUAAAAUCUGAUGGAAACUUGCAUGAU